GAGAAGGAGAAGGGAUCACCAAUGACGCUAAGUAAAAAUUUCAUGAGGAAAGUCGACAGUCAGCACAGGGUCCCCUGAGAAGCUGCUCAUAUUUUUCCAUCGCAACACAGAACAACCAAACACUUCAUAAUGGCGGACGAUGAGAAAAAAAAGUUGGAAGAGGAAAAGAAGAGGAAACAAGCUGAAAUCGAAAGGAAGAGGGCCGAAGUCCGUGCCCGUAUGGAAGAGGCCUCCAAAGCCAAAAAGGCCAAGAAAGGUUUCAUGACCCCUGAAAGGAAGAAGAAACUUAGGUUACUGUUAAGAAAGAAAGCCGCCGAAGAAUUAAAGAAGGAACAGGAAAGAAAAGCUGCAGAAAGGAGGCGCAUCAUCGAAGAAAGGUGUGGUAAACCGAAACUUAUUGACGAUGCCAAUGAAGAACAACUUAAGAGUAUAUGCAAGCAAUAUUACGAUAGAAUAGUCAAACUGGAAGAUGCCAAAUACGAUGUGGAAUACGUCGUUAGAAAGAAAGAAUUUGAGAUCGCCGAUCUGAACAGCCAAGUCAACGAUCUGAGGGGCAAAUUCGUUAAACCUACCUUGAAAAAAGUAUCCAAAUACGAAAACAAAUUUGCCAAAUUGCAAAAGAAGGCGGCCGAAUUCAACUUCCGUAAUCAACUAAAAGUGGUCAAAAAGAAGGAGUUCACCCUUGAAGAAGAAGAUAAAGAGAAAAAACCUGACUGGUCCAAAAAGGGAGAAAAGGAAGAAGGAGCCGAGGGAGAAAAACCAGCAGAAGAAGCACUGGAAGCACAACCGUCAGCAGAAGCACCCGGCUCAGAAGCAGCACCACAAACAGAAGCACCACAACCGGCUGAACCUCCUGCGGAACCUGCAGGCGAAGGCCAAUCUCCUACAGAGGGUCAACCACCGGCGGAAGGGCAACCUCCAGUAGAAGGUCAACUUCCGGCAGAAGGGCAACCUCCAGUAGAAGGUCAACCAGUAGUUGAAGGUGAAAUUAAAGCAGAAGAUGCUGCUCCUAGUGAAGGACAACCGCCUGAAGGAGGUGCACCAGCAGAAGGUGCACCAAGUGCAGAAGGAGCACCAUCAGCAGUAGAAGGAGAACAACCCGCACCUCCAGCAGAAGGAGCCCCAUCAAGUGAAGGAGCCCCCGCAUCGGAAGGUCAACCGACUACAGAAGGCCAACUUUCAGCGGAAGGCGCACCACCAGCAGAAGCUGUUCCAGCAGCUGAAGGAGUAUCAGUUGAAGGUGCAGUAUCCGCUCCUACCGAAGAAGCAGCACCAGCAGUAGAGGCAGCAAGUCCUGCAGAAGCAGCUCCGACUGAAGCGACACCAGCCGAAGUUGCUCCAACUGGUGAAGCGGCGCCUGCUGCUGAAGCGCACACAGAAGCAUCUACAGAGGCAGCACCGGCAGUUAUAGAAGCCGCAGCUUAAAAUCAUCAGCAUUCUGAAAUGAAAGUGCCUUCCAACUUGCAAGACUUCAAUUACAUUAUUGGUUACUUAAACUUUUUUUUCUGUUAUGUGUAUAAAUUACAACAAGUUAUAUAUUUUGGACUUGCAUCAUAUUACAUAUAUUUUAAUUUUACAAUUUUAGGUGUAAGAUUAUAUUAUUUAUUAAAUGAUGUAUAGUUAUUAAAUCUUUUUAUUGUA